AUGCAGGUCCUCUCUCUUGUUCUCUUCGCGGCACUUGCUUCCGCCGAUCCAAUUGUUUACCUUAUCCGUCAUGGUGAAAAACCCAGCAACGGCUCUGAUGGUCUGAGUGCCCAGGGUCUGGAGCGUGCUCAGUGUCUGAAGAACGUCUUUGGACCUGAUUCCGGCUAUGAUAUUGAUUAUAUUAUGGCUGAGACUCCUAAGAGUGAUGGAAAACGUCAGCGUCCUUAUGACACUGUCGAACCCCUCGCUGAAGAACUUGGCUUGACUGUCGAUACCUCCUGCAGCAAGACAGACUACUCCUGUGUCGCGGAUGUCGUGGAGAGCUACUCCGGCAGCGGAAACAUUCUCAUUUGCUGGGAGCACAAGGGGUUGGGUGAGAUCGUGGAAGAGCUAGGUGAUGAUGAUGCGCCUACCUACCCUGAUGAUGACUACAACUGGAUCUGGACUGAUCCUUCUCCCUACACCAAUGUUACUGCUUGGACAAACGAGGAUUGUCCUGGAUUGGAUGUCUAG